AUGACAAAUAUUUGGAAAUCUAACGGGACUAAAAUUAUCGUGGAUAUUUUCUGUGCAUUAAUGUUAAUUGCGGCAGUGGUCAUAGUUAAUUUUUUUAUGGAGCCUCACAGAAGAGGAUUUUUUUGUGGUGAUCAAACAUUAAUGUAUCCUUACGUCGCUCAUACAGUAUUCUCAAUAUCAAAAGUUGUUAUUUUGGGAUUUGAAUUCUUGUUUUUGAUUAUACUCGCAGAAAUUUUCUUAGGAAGGAAAAAUAAAAGACAGCAAAUAAAAUUGUUUAAUUGUAAAAUUCCCAAUUGGGUGUCUUUUAGUUACUAUACGGGAGGUUAUUAUGUUAUCGGUACCUUAACAACUUUAUUAAUCGGUGACAUAAUGAAAUAUUUUACCGGAAGAUUGCGCCCAAAUUUUAUGGAAUUAUGUAAGCCGAGUAUUAAUUGCAGCUUGCCGAUUUAUCAAAACAAAUACAUCACUCCGGAACAAUUCGAGUGUACGAGCGCUUACGGAGAUUCUGGCUCUAAAGAAGCCAGACUAUCAUUUCUUUCAAAUCACGCAUCUUGCAUUGCUUUCUUCGGCGUCUUAUUAAUAUUUUACUUGCAAUCACGCAUAACUAGUAGCGUCUUAAGAAUACCUAAGCACUUAUUUCAAGCCGCUCUUGUCUCGAUGAUUUCAUUCAUUUCAAUGACGAGACUCUCGUACUAUAGGCACCACUGGAGCGACGUCGCUGCGGGAAUUUUAAUUGGUUCCGUAAACGCUUUAAUUACCGUAUUUUUAAUGGCCGAUUUAUUUAAAAAAGACGAACCAGAAGGCGAGCAUGAUUAUCAACUCGAGCAUGAGCAGCAAUAUGAUAUUGAUAAUUAUAUUGAAGACCGUAAUAAUAAUACUAUUAAUGUCUAUCAUAAAUGGAUGUUGAGAUGA